AUUAUUGUAUAGGUAGGGUCAAUCAAAACGCUGAAACUCCCUCUCUCUCUCUCUCCACCCCAACAGAACCCCCAGAGAACCUUCACUUCUCUGUUCACAACCCCUCUGCUUCUCUCUGAAAUGGACAGUCCUAGCGCUCUCAACCACCAACACCCACGCGUCCUCUCUCCUUGCAGCAGCGGCCGAAGGAGGUCAAGCACCGAUUCCAACUCCCCCGAAUUCGAGUUCUGGAUGCUCCGAAACCCAUCUUUCCCUCAGCCCAAUCUCCUCUCCGCUGAUGAACUCUUUGUUGACGGUGUCCUUCUCCCUCUGCAACUCCUCGACCGCCGCCCUGAAACACCUGACCCGGAACCAGAACCAGAGCAAAAUCCUGAGGUAAACCAUCAAGAAAAACACUAUCUUGACCCACCCGACCCGGAAGCAGUUCAUACAGAUCCAGAGCAGGAACCUGGGCCUCAUAUUACGAGUGAGUCUACGACAGUGCUGGGCGUGUCGAAGCGAUGGAAGGACAUUUUCAAGAAAGGAGAGAAGAACAGCCAGACAAUUAAGAAGGAAAAAGAGAAUGAUAAAGAGAAAGAGGAUAAGAAGAAGAAGAAGAAGGAGAAGAAGAAGGAGAAGAAGAGUCAUAGUGGACCGGGUGGGGCGGAGUUGAAUAUCAAUAUCUGGCCUUUUUCACGAAGCGGAUCCGCUGGGAAUGCCACUCGACCCAGAUGGGUAUCCGGUGCAUCCGCAACCCGGAAAGUGAGUAGUGCUCCGUGCUCUCGGAGCAACUCGGCGGGUGAGUCCACGUCCAGGAAAUGGCCUAGUAGUCCUAGUCGGGCGGGGGUCCAUCUGGGCAGGAGCAGCCCGGUUUGGCAGGUGCGCCGUGGUCCAGUGAGAAGCUCCGACCCUGUAGAUCGAAUCGGUGAAAAAUCGGCCGAAACUCGGCGUGGCAAGGGAGCCACCACCAAUGGCAAAACUAAAGUUUUGAACUUGAAUGUGCCCAUGUGUAUUGGAUAUCGAACCCAUUUGAGUUGUCGAAACGACGACAACCCCUCUAUAGCCAUCGGGAGAAGCGGAGGAAACAAGAUUGGCCGUGAUUGUGGAGGUGGUGGUGACGGCGGGGACACCAACAAUCUGGGAAGCAGUGCCAAUCUCUUCAAUUUGCGUAGCCUUUUCACUAAAAAGGUUUAUUAAAACUAUUAUUGAAUGUUGAUAAUCGAUUAACUCUUAUUAUAUUUUUUUUCACUUUGAAGGAUUGUUUAGUAGUGUUUGAUUUUAUAUGUUUUUGAUUAUCUGUAUAAACAAAGGGUAUUGUAUUUUAUUAAUCAGAGAAAGGUAGAUGAAAGCUUGUUCACUUUU